AUGAUCUAAUCUUUUAAAAUAACGAGAAAACUCUAAAUUAACAUAGAUUCAUCACAACAAAAUGAUGAAUAGACUCCAGCAUUUCAAUCUGAAAGAAAUCUACUCAUCUCAACACCAUCUCUUUUUUAGAAACUUAAAUUAAAGCCUAUUUAAGAAUUCUCAAUUAUUACUCAGACAAAUAACCAUAUUUAAAUGAAGUCCUCGAUAAAGACAAACCCUUCUUUCUAAAUAAAGGAUAGCAUAGAUUAGAUGAAAUAAACAUGUUCAAGUCAAAAUUAGAAAAAAGUGAGUUUUUGUGAUAAAGUCCUUAUCAUUGAAACUUAAAAAGGAGUUAUAAAGAGGGAAAGGAUAUCCACUAAAGAUUAAUAAUAAAUUUUUUCAAGAACACCAAAAAGAAAAAAUUGUAUAUUAAUUCCCUCUUAGCACAGGAUCUUGAAGACCUGCCAGUCUAUUGUCAUAGAUCAGCUUUGA